AUGGAGAGGAGAGAAGACAUAAUCUUGACCUUCUACAAUCCUGAGGUUCCCAAAAUGAAGGGGGACCGGAAAUACCAAAGGCCUACGCUCCCCACCAACAAACAUCCGAGUGCCUCAAUGCCACCCCGGAGGCGGCAGCAGCAUGUGAAUCAGACACACACCUACAUCCGAAUGUUCUGUGGCAGCCUCUGUGGGUUUGGCCUCCUAAUGCUGAUCUGCGUGUCCCCACUGAACUGGGUGCAGUUCCUGGUGAUCAAGAAUGGUCUUGAGCUCUAUGCAGGACUCUGGACUUCAUGCAACCAUAAGCUGUGCUGGAGCCACACACCCAAACCACCCUACUACCUCCAAUACUCCAGGGCCUUCUUCCUCAUCUCUGUCCUGACCAUACUGAUUGGACUUGGCUGGCUUUUCAGUGCUUGUCUCCCUAGAAGAGGAAGCAUGACCACCAAAUUGGAUCUGAAGGUAUCCAUGCUCAGCUUCGUCUCAGCCACCUGCUUGCUCCUCUGCCUCAUCCUGUUUGUAGAACAGGUUCACUGGCAUAGGAGGGAUGUCAUGGAGUCAGCUCUCUUAUGGACCUAUCAAGUUAACUGGUGGGGUGACUUCUUAUACAUGUCUGCUGGGAUUAUCUCCUUUCUCAACUACGUAACUUCCAGAACCCUUCCCUCCGAUCAAAAUGUCACUGUGAUUCCCAUAGAGAAGUCAAGGCUAGGGUUUGGUCCAGUGACUACUGUAUUGCCUGCUGAAGAUAAAGGGCCAAUGUCAGAGAUACAGUCUCCAAGUACAGAAGAGAGAAACCCAUCAGAUAAUGAUAAGGAAAUCUAA